CCCCGUGAGCACAUCGUCAUGUCUGAGACACCCCGGGCUGAGACCUUUGUCUUCCUGGACCUGGAAGCCACCGGGCUCCCGAAUGUGGACCCGGAGAUUGCCGAGAUAGCCCUGUACGCCGUGCAUCGCUCGUCGCUGGAGAACCUCGAGCGGGACGAGGCCGGCACCCCUGUGCUGCCCCGGGUCCUGGACAAGCUCACCUUGUGCAUGAGCCCAGAGCGCCCCUUCACCGCCAAGGCCAGCGAGAUCACGGGUCUGAGCAACGAGGGCCUGGCCCAGUGCCGGAAGGCCGGCUUCAAUGGCGCGGUGGUGCGGACACUGCAGGCCUUCCUGAGUCGCCAGGAGGGCCCACUCUGCCUGGUGGCCCACAACGGCUUCGAUUACGACUUCCCCCUCCUGUGCACGGAGCUGCAGCGCCUGGGCGCCCAACUGCCCCCGGACACAGUCUGUCUGGACACACUGCCUGCACUUCGGGGCCUGGACCGUGCCCACAGCCAUGGCACCCGGGCCCAGGGUCGCAAGGGCUACAGCCUGGGCAGCCUCUUCCGUCGCUACUUCCAGGCUGAGCCGAGCGCCGCACACUCGGCCGAAGGCGACGUGCACACACUGCUUAUGGUCUUCCUGCACCGCGCGGCUGAGUUGCUUGCCUGGGCCGACAGGCAGGCCCGCAGCUGGGCCCACAUUGAGCCCAUGUACUCCCCGCCCGAGGCCCUGAGCCUCGAGGACUGA